AUGUACACCACGCUCCAGGCCAACUCCUUGAAGCAGAUCGUGGUGCGGUCCGCAGACGACCUCAACCAGGCCAACAUCUCCACCGUCACGGGGAAGCCCAAGAGAACCCGAUCCAAGACGGGCUGCUUGUGCUGUCGAAUGAGAAAGAAGAAGUGUGACGAGCAGCGGCCCAGCUGUGGCCUAUGUACAACAAGAGGCAUCCAGUGUGUGUACCUGGACCUGGCCCAGAUCAAGUCGAGGACCUCUCUCCAGGGCAUCUCCGAGGAUGCUCCAGUCUCAUCGGGGUCGGGUGAAAUACUGCCAGAGACAUCAAUAGCACCCAUGGACGAGCCUAUCGAGGCUGUUUUAGACUCAAAAGUGCCGGUUAAGCUCGAGCCUGAGCACGGACCCGCCGAGUUUGACGAGUUCUUGUUUCUUUCCCCGGGAUCCAAAGGCCACCCCACUGAAACUGAGUUCCCCAAUCAAGACUACAGCCUCGUGCCCCUCAACAAGCAAAAGGCCAUGCAGCCAAAUACCCUCGUGGAGCCUAUCGAUCCUUUCCGGUUGAUUCUCGACGAAAGAGGCUACCAGCUUGUGUACUUCUUCCACAACGAAAUAAUCCAUCGCAUCUGCAUCUCCCCCAAAUCCUGCCAAAACCACUUCGCCUCGACCUUCACAGGCGUUUCGUACCGUGACGAAAGCGUGCUACGGCUUCUUGCAGCAUGGGGUGCAUUAUUCGUCGAUGGGCCCAACUCAGCAAGCCUCAAGUCAAGAAUGCACGAAGCAGACCUCUCCUUGCAACGGUUCUAUUCAAACAAAGUGCUCGACGAUCAAGACAAAUUCAACCUAAUAUGUUUCCACUUGAACGCAGCCGGUAUCGGCGUUUGCUCAGGUGACACCAAGGAAUGGGUUCACCAUCACCGCAAGUGUGGUGAGCUCAUCCGUGGCUUCGGCUCAACAAAGAACUUUUUGGCCAAAAUGAACUAUUCCAACAGUGCCAAAUGGGUCAUCUCCAACCUUCACUACAAUGACGUUAUGUCGUCCGAGUCGCUCAAACAUGGCACUUUGCUUACUGCCGAAGAGUAUGGCUCGCCUUUCAAAGAUGAAACCGACUUCACCUAUGGAAUCGAUCCUCUCCAGGGCUGUAUGCACCUGAUCUUCUUGGUGCUCUGUGAAAUUCUACAAGCCUAUUCCGUUUUAUCGUCCGUCAGGAGAACCCUCAAAGAAGACAGUAAGAAUGUCGCCCACGACCCUUCCAUCGAUAUAAAUCUCCUCAACAGCCGUCGUCUCCAACACUACAAAGAAACUGAAAAACAUGGGAAACGACUCUGGGCAAAAGUCGAAGCCUGCAAGCCUCGCAAGAACCAAGAAUGCUUUAUCGAACCUAGUCAACUCCACAACCAUCACACACUUUUCGAGGCCUUCAGAAACACAUGCAAGCUUUAUGUGCUUAUGUAUAUCAGAGAUCUCCCUCCUAGAACCCCGGAGGUACAAGGCGUUCUUUUGGAAACAUUCAAGCUACUAGACGUACUCAUUGAAUGCGAUCUCAGAGCCGCCGUUACGAAGAUAAUGCUCCUUUGCGGCCUCGCCUGUUACAAGGAAAUGGACCGUAUUGAGCUCAGACAUAAGUUCACACGUUUGCAAACCUACUACAAAGUGUUUAAUGUUCACAAUGUCAGGCACAUUGUGGAGCAGAUCUGGAUCGCCAAUCCAGACGGACUUUUGACCAUCGAUUGGGGCGAGACAUGUGAAAAGAUGGGAUGGACAGUGGCGGCCUUCUAA